AUGCGUUAUAUCUCUCACAGAAAUCAAGAUAAUUCAGAACAAGGUUUAAAGUUACAGGGAUCUUCUAUUACAGGUUUUAAGGUACAUGCUUCCCGGUGGAUUGCAAAAAACUUAAGUUUUUUCAAGCAAUCAGAUAUACCAAAUUUUCUUAUUAGCAAAAAAAUGUUGAAUUUCGUAUUUUUGCUAUAUAUAUAUAUAUAUGUAAUAGUACCUUUUUUUCAAAAAUUUUUUAUAAAAAUUAUGAAAAUGCAAUUUUCAGGAAAAAAAAAAACAACUAAAAAUUCAAAAAAAAAAAUUAUUCUCAAAUUUUUUUUCCACAAAACUUCAAUUUCCAGAUCAAAUUUUGUGGCCACUUUAUCGAUAUGCCUGUCACUUCCAAUGAUAUAUUCCUAUAUCAAUAGUAUGAGAUCAGCGAUUCAAGGAGAAAUUGAUUACUGUAGGAAUUCCACCAAGUCCAUUUGGUCCGAAGUGCAAAUCUUCAAACAUCUCCCUCGUAACCGUACCGCCCGGCAGACCUCCUAUUUCCAAGACUCAGCCCCUUUUUGUGAUCAUGGAUGUUGUACACCAGGCUCUCCAGGACCAACCGGUGAACCAGGCCGACCAGGCCGUCCAGGCCGUCCAGGAGUACCAGGAAUGCCUGGAAAUCCAGGAAAACCACCUCAACAACCAUGUGAUUUGGUGACUCCGCCCCCUUGCAGUCCUUGCCCGACGGGACCGCCCGGAAAACCUGGACCACAAGGACCGCCUGGAGAAAUAGGACAUCCUGGGAAUCCUGGAGAAAGAGGAUUAGAUGGAGAACCCGGAGAACCCGGACCACCAGGUGAGACGUUAUUUCGCAACCAGAGCAUUUUAAAAUCGAACCAUUUCGCAACUAGACUUUUAGAACUAGCCAUUUCAAAAACAAACUUUCUAGAACUGAACCAUUUCGCAACUGGAUAUUCUAGAAUGAGUAGUAUCGUCCACCAGGGGAACCAGGUCUACCAGGAUCACAAGGACCACCAGGACAGAGAACCAGGACCACCAGGAGAGGCGGGACCACCUGGUGCGCCAGGAGAACCAGGGGAGAUUGGAGAAGACGGUCCACCAGGACAGCCAGGACCAAAAGGACCACCCGGACAGUCGGGAAUACCUGGAAUGGAUGGUCCGGUGGGGAGAAGAGGGCCGUCUGGACAACCAGGACCACCUGGAGAGAGAGGAAUAUGUCCAAAGUACUGCGCUAUUGAUGGUGGCGUCUUUUUUGAGGAUGGAUCCAGGAGAUGA